UUUGUAGGAUUGAUUACAUUACUGGUUAUCAAAGUUAAGAGCGAGGGUGUCGAGAAAAUAAUUUUUAACCUUAUCUAGUGUGUGUUAUAAGUUCAAACUAACAUUAAUCCAACAAAAUUAACCUAAUUAACUUAAUAGUCAAUGUAGGACGUAUUAGACACAAUAGAAGUAGUUUGAUAAAACCUAUUUAAUCUAUAUGUUAAUCAAACCUUUAUUUACAUCAAGUAUAAAUAAAAUAGUAAUAAUAAGGUAUGUGUGAGUAGGAUAGAGUCUGACUGUUAUUAGUGUGUGGAAUAGACAAAGAAGGACAGAAAACGACCUUGAGGGAGUUUAAGCAUUGCUUGAACACGGUGGCUUGGCUGAGCAGCGGGAGAAGUAGGGGAAUAAUCAGUGGGAGACCAGUGUGAAGGAUAGGGAGAAAACAGUGGUGACAUAUCAGGGAGGCAGGAGCCUUCACGGCAGUUGUUAAGGUCAGGAGAAGUCUGUGUGCCCAUGUCACGCGUAGAAGUGCUCUGCACAAUGCGAGGAGGCAGAAAGGGAUUCUCUGGGACAGUGAAUUGAGUAAGCUCAGCGGCAAAUGAGGAGAGCUGGAACUGGCGGAAUUGUCUGCAAAGAAUACCCAUCGGAGACGAUCUAGGAGGCAUGUGUGGUGGAGCUGAGCAAAAAUAAACCAACAGAGAUAAGAUGUUAAACAGGGUAAAAUCAUGGUGACUGCUAGGCGCAGGCAAAGGAUAAUACACACUCAAGAGAAGAGUCUAUACACUAUGUAACAAUCAGUUCAGAAAGCACAAUUAAAAUAUAACCUGAGCACUAAAUAAUAUAAUCAAGCACAUGUAUACAGGCAAUCUAAUACACUGAUAUAACUCAAUUCAAUAAAAGUAGAAUAGCAAACAGCAUUAUAAAAAGAAUAAAGCAUAACACUUACCCAUUGCAGAUGCAGGAAGACAAAAUAGGCCACAAAAUGGUUGUUCACACUUGAAAGGCUGAAGCAAUGUAUGGUUGGGUCCAGAGAAAAUAAGGGCUUUAUAUACAAUAAUUUUUUUAAUAUAAAAUCAGAAAAAGGCCGAAUAUAAGGGGAAUUGGAAAAAACAGGAACUCCAAAUAUGGUGUUGUUUGGAGGAAUGAACACCAAGGCCAAAGAUAAGGGGAAUCUAAAGGUCCUAAAGGUCAGCGCCAAGGUCGAAAACCUAAACAGGGGACCGAGCAUCCUGUGGGCUGCAGCUGCUGGCAACAGAAUUCAGAGAAAAAGAAUCAAAGACAUCGCGAACACGAAGGCAAGAAAGGUGUGAAAGCACCCCUAAAGCACAAGAAAGAUUAAGCAAAGCCACAUCUCUUCCAGACGUCAGAAAUAAGAAUGAAAGGAAGAAAGAUUCGAACUCAGGAGGAGAAUGUAAGGAUGAAGAAGAUUUUGUCGUCCUGAACCCAGAAAGAGGGGAAAAGGUGCAUGUUCACGGAGUAUUGGAAAUGACACCAAAAAUGCCACGAAAAAGUGAUCCACUGCGCACAGAGGUGAAAACUUUGCAGAAAGAAAUGACAUUUCAUGAAAAAGAGAAUGCAGCGAACAGACAAGAACUGGCAGAAACCCAAAAGAGGAUGGAGAAAAUGGAAGAAAUUCUAAAAGACACUCGAAGGGAAAUGGACCAGACAAAAGAGAUCAUAAGGAAAGUAACAGGUGAAAAUCAUCAAUUAAAGGUGAAGCUAUACCAACAUGAACAUGCCCAACUCGAGGCAGAGAUACAGAGAGCAGAACAGAAAAGCUCAGAAAGAAUGGACCAUUGCCAACGAUAUAUUGAUGAGCUAGAAUCUCAACUAUCAAUGAAUCAGCAAAAAACCAAUGUAAAGGCUGGGAGAAAGGAAAGGCAGAAAAAAGCAAAAGAAGCUAUAACGGAAUUUCCACAUGAACGAAGGAUGACAAGGUCACAAGUACAAAGAAAAGACCACGAUGAUGAAGAAGAAGACAUGGAAGAAGAAGAAAGGACAAGUCCCAAAAACUGAAAAUCUUUACAGAUGCCAGUCAUUAUAAAAGGCACAGAAUCAGUAUACACACCAUGGUCAUUUAUGGAUCUUACGGGACUAAUAAACAGACUGCCUAACAUAUGUGAAGGAGCACAAAGAUGGAUAACACGCUUUGAAGAACAAACCAUGGGUCAGAUGCUGGCUAUGGGAGAUAUCAAGGCGAUUUUGACACAGUCAUUGGGAAAAGCUAAGAUGAUCAAAAUAUUGGAUCAGGCACAACUAGGAGACGUGGGGAAGGAUCAAAAGUAUGAUCUCUGGACAUUUGGAGCGAAAAGAAAAGACGUGUGGAAUGCACUUCGAUCUGCAUACCCAACUCAAUCUGAUCUAACCAAGGUGGAAAACCUGAAAAUGAAUGAAAAGGAGGAGUUGCGGCCUUCAUUCUUAAAUUACAGAACAAUUACAUUGUUCAAGAUAAUGUUGAAGAGGGCACUUCCAAGCGAAGUACAAGAGAAGCUUGAAUCAGUUGUGGGACUUAACGCCCUGCCCUGGGCAGCUUUCCAGGCAAAUGUCACACAUGCUGUGGAAAUGUAUAGGAAAAAGAAAGAAGCAAAUAAACAAGCAGCAGAAGAUUUGAUAACAUUGCUGCACAAAGCACAGCUCGGAGAGAUAGCAUGGAGCAAACAAGAAAAUCAAGAAAAACGCAAAGAAGAGAAAAGUUCAGCUAAACAAGCAGCAGUCAUGAUGGUACUAACGAAUGCACAGCAGGAUUCAGCUGGUCAAACCAUACCAGAUCCAGGAAAUCAGCAACUAAUGCCUGUGGGACAACCAAUGAUGGCCUAUCCAACAAAUCAUCAAUAUCCACCACAAAACAGAGGGUGGGGGCAAGGAAGAGGCAGAGGAAGAGGAAUGUUUCAAUCAAGAAAUUAUCAACCACCGAGAGGAGGAAGAUGCUGGAACUGCCAAGAUUCCAAUCACAUGAUGAGAAAUUGCCCAUAUCCAAUAAGACAACAGCAAGGUAACCAACAACAAAAUCAAAGCUGGCAAGACCCCGGAAAUUGGGCAGGACCAUGGAUGGGCCAGAAUCAGCAGAAUCAACAAACUCAAGCAAACUUUAGAGGCGGCCCUCCGGGGCCACCUCAAGGUAACAUGUGAAGAUGCCCAGAGAAGCCAGAGGGGGAGCUGGUACAGUGCCCCACCUCACUGUACCCUGCACAAGAACCAACCAUAAUGGUGGAUGUGAGUAACCAGCUCCAGACAUCGUUUUUGAUUGACACAGGAGCAACAUUCACAAGCAUUGGAAAAGAAGGCUCUAAGCUCCCCCUCUCACGCAAAGCAGUAAAGACAGUAGGCUUCUCUGGUAAAACUCAAACUUUGCAUUUCACAGAGCCACAAGACAUAACAGUAGAAGGAAUCACAAUACAAGCACCAUUGUUGUAUUCCCCUGAUACCCCAGCAAAUCUAUUAGGCAGAGAUGUACUGUGUAAGCUAGGAGCAAAAAUCUUCUGUGGACCUACAGGAGUGUGGGUCGAACUUCCUGAAAUCCUAGCUCAACAGUGUGUGAUGGUAGAAAGAAAAA